GAUCGGUCAUUUGCCUCGCCCUGAUCGGCAGGGUGAACCAAUGCGCCUAAGGCUUCCUUUUUCCUUUCCUCUUUGGUCCGGCUAGGUUUCAGGUUUCUUGAGAUUUUUUUUUUCCUUUCGGCGAUGGGGAUUCACCAAUUUUUUCUCGAUUUUUGGGGUGUGAGAUUGGCUUUCGCUGUCCCUAUGUCUGCGUUAGUUUGGCUCUACGCGCUUUGUGCCGUGCUUCACGGACUGUUCAUCAAACCACGUCCCAGGACGGUUUCUUGCCCCAAGAUCGCAUUUUGGUUCUGUUUUCGCCCUCAAGGAUCAGAAGUGAGUUGUCGUCCACCAUGAAGAUUUGUGCCUCCAUUUAAUUCUCCCUUCUUUUGCAUAUAAUUUUACCUGGGGCGGAACUAUUACAGUAGAUUGUUAUUGCUACUUAUUUUUCUUGUUCUUCGUCCCAUACGCAUUUGCUUUCCCUUUUCCCUCAUUUGCAGUCUAGGUUCCUGGCGUACAUUGAAGGCUUUCUCCUCCUUUCUGUGGCGUGUUCAAAGUUUCCUUUUCUUGCAGGGUCAAUACUCAAAAUGUGCUGGCAAAACUUACUCAGUCUUGCAAGCUGUAGAUCGGAUACUCCAUUUUCUCUGUUUAUCUUCUUGGGGACUAGACUGAUCCUUUCUUCUUGAACUUCGAGGUCUGGAAUUCAGACUGGGCUAUGAGUUGGAGAGGUUUGAAAGUCUCCAUAUUGUCUUUAGCAAGGAGAUGAGUUAAAAGUAUCACUUCUUAGUGCUUUGUCGUGAUUCCUACUAGUUUUUUCCCGUACUGGAUUUGCACCAUAAAAUUGAACUUUCAAGGAAUCAAAGAGCAAGGAUUGGCGCUUGGGAAUACAAGCAGAAGUAACUCGAGGAAUUGGUUCUUUUAGCUCGUGAUUAAAAACUCCACCAGACAUGGUAGCAUCUUUAGACAAUGUGAGAGGCUUGACUUUGGCCAUGUCAUCUAGUGCAUUCAUUGGUUCAAGCUUUGUGAUCAAGAAAGUUGGGCUGAAGAAGGCUGGGGAUAAUGGGGUGAGAGCAGCUUCUGGAGGAUUCUCAUAUUUGCAUGAGCCAUUGUGGUGGCUUGGAAUGAUAACUAUGAUUCUGGGUGAGGUAGCCAACUUCGCAGCAUAUGCAUUUGCCCCUGCCAUACUUGUUACUCCUCUAGGAGCUCUAAGCAUCAUAUUUAGUGCAGUGCUUGCGCACUUCGUUCUGAAAGAGAACUUGCACAUCUUCGGUGUUGUUGGUUGCAUACUGUGUGUUGUUGGCUCCAUUGGUAUAGUUUUGCACGCUCCAAAGGAAAAAAAGAUCGAUUCAAUGAAGGAAAUAUGGCAUCUUGCAACGCAGCCAGGCUUUAUUGUUUAUUCAUGCGUGGCGGUUGCUUGUGUUCUUUUUUUGAUAUUCCGGGUUGUUGAACGCUCUGGACACAGGAAGAUGCUUGUUUAUAUUGCAAUCUGUUCAUUAAUGGGAUCUAUUACGGUUAUCAGCGUAAAAGCAGUUGCCAUUGCCUUAAAGCUAUCAUUUACUGGAUCAAAUCAAUUCAUCUACAUCCAGACAUGGUUUUUCAUAGUUGUCGUCACUAUUUGUUGUUUGGUGCAGUUGAACUACUUAAACAAGGCUUUGGACUCGUUCAACACGGCUGUGGUUUCUCCUGUAUACUACGACUGGGACUCGCAAACUGCAACACAGAUUGCGACACAGCUAUGUGGGUUCGUGACCAUUGUCGCCGGGACUUUUCUACUUCACAAGACUAGGGAUAUGGGGAAUCCCCCACCACCUGACCAAAUUUUCCUAGAAGAAGCUAGAGAAUGUGCUCCCCAUUCAACCAACUCUAGCUGAACAUCUAACAUGCACUAAACAUGAUGUUAUCUAUCUCAAAAAAAAAAAAAUGAUGUUGUCUCAGAACCUCUAUAGAUUCAAGUGGAGUUUUGAGCAAUCUGGUGAACUUGUAGAUAUAUCAUCAUUUAGGAAAGAGUGAAAAUUGGGGUGCUGUGAUAGAUUCAAUCAUUGAUGACAUUUUUCUAGUAGUAGGACAUGAUGAAGUUGUACCUUUUCUGUACCACAGAAGUGUAUGGAAACAGCAAAGUCUUGUCAACAUAUGAUUCCAAUGUAGAUGGAUAGUUAACCUUAUAUUGUCCCCUAUUUCGAAA